CAACUCUCCACUUCAGAACCAGAACCAGAACAACUCUUGACUUGACCCCACAAGCAGACUUUGAUAAACAUAUAUCAUAUCUAUCAUAUUAGUAUCAACUUCAUUCGAACAGCCCUAUCAGGAUGGUGUCUUCCGGCAUUAUCUUCGACUUUCCACAGGGUCCGGCCAUGGAGAGAUCUGGUACACCGCCGCCUCGGCCAGAGCCUCGUCCGCCGACCCCAGUUACCCCAUUUCCAAAGCCCGCUUUCCGAGAUGCGGCUCCAUUGUUGGAGGGACCCGGUACACAGCCACCGCAACCAGCUCCUCGUCCGCCGACUCCAAUUCCACCGCUUUCUGACAAGAGUGGUGGUCAAGAUGCGGCUCCGUUGAUGGACGGACCUGGUACACCGCCACCUCAGCCAGGUCCUCGUCCUCCUACCCCGCGCCCACCGAUCUCUGAGGAGCAUGGUCGAGAUGCUGCUCCAUUCAUCAAGCGAUACGAUACACCUCCUCUGGCCACGCCCACACCCGAUCCGGGUCCGCCUGAUGCGCCGCCGCGGCCAGACGAUGUGGCAAUCAGUGACACCGACAAGGGGAAAUUGACCGGGGCCAUAAUCCGUGCUACCUCGGAGCCAUGGGAGUGA